UGUUUUUAUUGCUGUUGCUUUUAUUUUAUUAAAAGGUAUAUAAAUGAUUUUUUAAACCAAGUAGAUAUAUAAAAUAAUGGCAGAUGAUCCUUACGAAGGUGUUUCUGGCGGUGGAUUGAAGUUAAAAAUAGCAGGUGGCAGCAAAGUAAUCAAGAAAAAAAAGAGCAAAAAGAACAUAUCAAAAGAAACUUUAGAAGCAACACUAUCAGCUAGGACGUCAAGCAAACAAGAUGGUGGAGCAUCUGUUAAAAAGACUGCUGCGGAGUUAGCUUUCGAAAAAGCACAGGAAAAGAGAGCUUCCGAGAGAAUUCUAAAAAAAGCUUCCAAGACACACAAACAGAGAGUAGAGGAGUUGAACGAAUAUUUAGGCAGCCUGUCAGAACAUUACGAUGUACAAAAAGUCAGUUGGACGAAAUAGAACAUCAGCAGUCGUAUUGGGUGGUAAUACUUUAAAGAACGGACUGUAAAUAAGCGCUCUAUACUUAUGGAUGGUAAUGAGAAAAAAAUUUGUAUGUGUUUUUGACAGCUUUCAAACUUUUUGGUAGAUUUUUUAGUAGAUGAAAAACACAUGUUAUGACUUUA